AUUCUAAAAAAGUCCGCUUUCUCCUUUUUAUAACCGUGACAUGAUGAACUUUGACCUCAGUGUUCCACACGUGCUUUUUUUAAUUUUUUGGUGUAGCAUGCAUGAUAGCGAACUGGCGGAGAAAAUGAGCAAAAAAGGGAAAAAUAGCUCACGAUCGGCAAAAUUAAAACGGCCCAUAACAGACACCCAAGCGGAGGAGGAUGAGAAGUUCGCAUGCUUUAGUGAGGAAACAUCCCAUGUUGACGAGGACAGUGAUUUGUCAGACAGUGAAGAAAGUGUCUUCUCUGGACUUGAAGAUUCUGGGAGCGACAGCGAUGAGGAAAGUUUUCCAGAGUUGAAGUUGGAGUUGGAUUCGGGUGAAGGAAGCUCCCGGGAGGAUGAGCCCGAUGGUAGCAGUGGAGGUGAAGGGGAGAAAGUGAAGAAAGACUUGAAGAAAAGCAAAAAGAAGCUACAACCAAAGAGCCAAACACUGUCCCUGAAGAAGGUAGCAAAUGAAGAAAAAGAAGGGGAGAAUGGAAACUUGGAGCCCCAUAGUAAAACAGCACAGCAGCCCAUCAGUGUUCCAAAAGAUGAGUACGAACAGGACACUUCAGAUGAGGAGGAUAUUCGGAAUACAGUUGGAAAUAUACCUAUGGAAUGGUACAAAGAUUAUCCCCAUAUUGGAUAUGAUUUGAACGGAAAAAAGAUUUUCAAGCCAAUCCGAAACAAGGAUGAAUUAGAUGAGUUUUUAGACAAAAUGGAAAGCCCUGAUUACUGGCGCACAGUUCAUGACAAAGUGAUUGGCAGUGAUAUUAAACUAACUGAUGAACAAGUCCAGUUGGUGCAUCGCCUACAGAAAGGGCAAUUUGGAGAUGUUAAUUUCAAUCAAUAUGAGCCAGCAGUGGAUUUCUUUACUCAUGAAACUAUGAUCCACCCAGUAACUAACCGCCCUGAAGAUAAACGUAGCUUUAUUCCUUCACUCAUUGAGAAAGAAAAGGUUUCAAAGCUAGUCCAUGCAAUAAAGAUGGGAUGGAUCAAACCUCGUAGGCCCAAGGAAACAGCCCCACAGUAUUAUGACCUUUGGGCAAAGGAAGAUUCCAGUGCCAUUUUGGGAAGACACAAAAUGCAUGUACCUGCACCAAAAAUGAAGUUGCCAGGGCAUGAAGAGUCCUAUAACCCUCCUCCUGAGUACCUCUUUUCUGAGGAAGAGAAAUUAGCUUGGGAGCAGCAGGAACCUGAGGAAAGAAAACUAAAGUUCAUUCCGCAGAAGUUUUCAAGCCUACGUACUGUUCCAGGCUUUUCCCGUUUUAUCCAAGACAGAUUUGAACGGUGUCUGGAUCUGUAUCUCUGCCCACGCCAGCGAAAGAUGAGAGUAAAUGUGGACCCAGAAGAUUUGAUUCCAAAACUGCCAAAACCAAAGGAUCUCCAGCCCUUUCCCACUACACUGUCAUUGGUCUACCGUGGGCACACAAACUUAGUACGAUGCAUUAGCAUGUCUCCCAGCGGGCAGUGGCUUGCUUCUGGCUGUGAUGAUUGCACUGUCAAGCUGUGGGAAGUCAGCACAGCUCGCUGUUUGAAAACCAUCAAAGUAGAGGGAGCUGUAAAAAGUAUUGCGUGGAAUCCCAACCCAGCAUUUAGCCUGCUUGCAUUUUCUGUGGAACAGAGUGUUAUUUUAUUGAACCCUUUCCUGGGAGACAAAAUUGUUUCCAAUGCCACUGAUCUCUUGAUCUCUUCAUAUGUGGAGCCAGAGGAAGAGAAAUCCCAAAGCGUUAAGUGGGUCUCAUCAGAGGGUGAAGAAUUUAAUCAAGGUUUCCGAAUCACUAUUAGACAUCCAAAGCAUGUUAAGCAAGUCACCUGGCAUGGCAAGGGUGAUUAUUUUGCCUCUGUUCUCUUGGACAAUGGAAAUAUGCAAGUCUUAAUUCACCAGCUAAGUAAAAGACGAAGCCAGUGCCCUUUCAAUAAGGCAAAGGGGUUGGUUCAGUGUGUCUCUUUUCAUCCUCUCCGACCCUUCUUUUUUGUGGCUACUCAACGUUAUGUGCGAGUCUACAAUCUCAUUAAGCAAGAACUAACCAAAAAGCUGGUAGCAAGCUGCAAGUGGAUUUCUAGUAUGGAUAUCCAUCCGGGAGGUGACAACAUUAUUUGUGGAAGUUAUGACAGUAAGCUAACCUGGUUUGAUCUUGAUUUGUCUACAAAGCCUUAUAAAGUUCUGCGGCACCACAAGAAAGCGCUCAGAGGUGUGGCAUUCCAUAAGCAUUACCCACUUUUUGCCUCCUCUUCUGAUGAUGGAAGUAUUAUUGUCUGCCACGGCAUGGUUUAUAAUGACCUUCUUCAAAACCCUCUGAUAGUGCCUGUAAAGGUUCUCAAGGGACAUGAAAUUACAAGAGACCUGGGAGUACUGGAUGUACUUUUCCAUCCCACCCAGCCUUGGGUGUUUUCAUCAGGAGCAGAUUCCACAAUACGACUUUAUACCUAAUUUGGCUGCCUUUUGGAUUAAAAUUGUUUCUCUUUGGUAUUGUAACUUGGUUAACACGAAUUUUACCUGUAUUAUAAAACUCUUUGGUGUAACUUUGUCUAAGAAGUAAAAGUUAUCAAGAUGUGCAUUUUUAUAUAAUGAAAAAGCUAGAAAAAAGUUUGGCAGUGUAAUUUUGUCAUUUUUUUUGCGUAUAUGUUAAUGAAUGACAUUGCAAAUGCGGUCUCUUUUACAAAUGCAAUAUGCUUAUGAAUUUUAAAUAUCAUAGGCUUAUAAAUUUUUGCCAAUAAACUUUCUUCAAAGAAAUAAA